CAUCCUAGGAGCCCGCAGAGCCAGGCCAGGAUGGAGAGGAGACGGGUCACCUCAGCUGCCCGCCGCGCCUACGUUUCCUCCUCGGAGAUGGUGGUGGGGGGCCUGACUCCCAGCCACCGCUUGGUUCCAGGCACCCGCUUCUCCCUGGCUCGAAUGCCACCCCCGCUCCCGGCCCGGGUGGACUUCUCCUUGGCCGGGGCACUCAACACCGGCUUCAAGGAGACACGGGCCAGUGAGCGGGCAGAGAUGAUGGAGCUCAACGACCGCUUCGCCAGUUACAUCGAGAAGGUGCGCUUCCUGGAACAGCAGAACAAGGCGCUGGCUGCGGAGCUGAACCAGCUGCGGGCCAAGGAGCCCACCAAGCUGGCUGACGUCUACCAGGCUGAGCUGCGCGAGCUGCGCCUGCGGCUCGAUCACCUCACCGCCAACUGCGCCCGGCUCGAGGUCGAGAGGGACAAUCUGGCGCAGGACCUGGGCACCCUGAGGCAGAAGCUCCAGGAUGAAACCAACCUGAGGCUGGAGGCCGAGAACAACCUGGCUGCCUAUCGACAGGAGGCAGAUGAAGCCACUCUGGCCCGUCUGGAUCUGGAGAGGAAGAUUGAGUCUCUGGAGGAGGAAAUCCAGUUCUUGAGGAAGAUCCAUGAGGAGGAGGUGCGGGAGCUCCAGGGGCAGCUGGCCCGGCAGCAGGUCCAUGUGGAGCUGGAUGUGGCCAAGCCAGACCUCACAGCGGCCCUGAGAGAGAUCCGCACCCAGUAUGAGGCAGUGGCAUCCAGCAACAUGCACGAGGCAGAGGAGUGGUACCGGUCCAAGUUUGCGGACCUGACGGACGCUGCUGCCCGCAACGCGGAGCUGCUCCGCCGGGCCAAGCAUGAGGCCAACGACUACCGGCACCAGCUGCAGGUGUUGACCUGCGACCUGGAGUCCUUGCGCGGCACGAACCAGUCCCUGGAGAGGCAGAUGCGGGAGCAGGAGGAGCGUCAUGCGCGGGAGGUAGCGAGUUACCAGGAGACCCUGGCCCGGCUGGAGGAGGAGGGGCAGACCCUCAAGGACGAGAUGGCCCGGCACCUGCAGGAGUACCAGGACCUGCUCAACAUCAAGCUGGCCCUGGACAUGGAGAUUGCCACCUACAGGAAGCUGCUGGAGGGCGAGGAGAACCGCAUCACCAUUCCUGUGCAGACCUUCUCCAACCUGCAGAUCCGAGAAACCAGCCUGGACACCAAGUCCGUGUCGGAAGGCCAUCUCAAGAGAAACAUCGUGGUGAAGACUGUGGAGAUGCGGGAUGGAGAGGUCAUUAAGGAGUCCAAGCAGGAGCACAAGGACGUGAUGUGAGGCGGGAACCACCUCCUAUCGGGAGGGGCCUGCAGCAGUAAACAGGAUAGCGGCCCCUCCUCUGAUCGCUCAUUCCCCCAGACCCUAGUUCCCACCACCCCGUUGCAGCUGCUCCCUACGACGUCUCUAUGCCAGCUUCUGUCCUAGGCUCCAUCCGCAGUAGGCCCACCAGACAGCACCCACCCCACUCCCAGCAACUCCAUCUAAAAGGGCACUCACCCCAAAGGGGCAGCCUGGAGGGGCAGGGCCAGAAGCUUGGGUUAGAAUUGGGAGGGAAGAGAGGAGUUGGGGAGGGCCUAGAGACCUAAUAAAUCACUCUCCAUAGCCUAAUCCCUGUUGUCAUGGCAACCGUUGUCAGAGCUGGCGGUCUCUGGGCUAUCUGGGAAGUGGGCCUUGGAGUGUCCUCGGGCUGCUGGAGGAAAACCGAGACUCUGAGACAGGAAGGGGAAGUUCCCACAGGCAAGGUAGCCCUGGCCAGCGGCUCCUUCUUAACCUAGACCAAGCCUGGCCAGUCUGAUAGUAGGCAGCGGUAUCCUACCACCUGGCGUUCCCAGCAGACAGAACUCCUGGCCUGCCCAGAGGGAAUGAUGAUUCAAUGUUGAUUCAAGUGUCUCAGCCUCACUGAGUGCCAUGUGGGCAGUGGGAGCUUGGUUCUCAGCACUAGGGGAUCUUAGUCUACGUAGAGAGGGCAGUGGUACUGGGAAGGAGUAGCGGGGGCUGCUCGGCCCCUAGGUGUCAGUUCAUGGAGGUCAAGCCCAGGAGGACUUCCCCCAUAUAGGCUGGGGGAGGGAGGCAGGUAGAGGUGGAGGAGGGAGGAGGAGGAUGCUAGGCAUCAGAGUUGGGGUUGUGAUGACCAACUCUAUACUUGGCCUCUGGGUCGUGGG